AUGGCGCAACAUUUGUUUAUUUCGUCUGAUUCCAAUUAUGAUAUUGAUAUCAAACGAGAAGAUUUAAGUGAUUUAGUAUUGAUUGACAGUGGGGGAUUUGGAACUGUCUAUAAGGGAACGUUGAACAAAGGGAAGGAGAAUGAACAAGAAGUAGCGGUAAAAUAUAUUAUUCGUAAAAAUACACCGCAAGCGAAAAAAGAUUUUACUCGAGAGCAUUCAAAAAAUAUUCCUAUUUGCAAUGGCAAGGCACUUUUAGGUGACUUUGGUCUAUCAAAGUAUCUUAAUCUGACAUUGGAUGAAAAAAUUUCCUUCAAUAAGGCUAUUCUCAAAGGAUUAGAAUUUUUGCAUAAUAACGAUAUACUACACAGAGAUUUACAUUCAAAAAAUAUUCUUAUUUGCAAUGGCAAGGCACUUUUAGGUGACUUUGGUCUAUCAAAGUAUCUUUUUGAACAAAAUGAUAAACACAUAUCAGAAGUUCGAGGGGUUCAAGCUUAUGUUGACCCCAAAUUGCUAGAUAAAGAAUCAAAUCCAAAUUAUACGCAUACAAAAGAGUCAGAUAUUUACAGCUAUGGUGUACUCAUGUGGGAGAUAUACGCUUGUCGCCCGCCAUUUCAAGGUAGAAGUGGUGAUAACUUGACUACGGCUAUUUGCCUAGGAGAAAGAGAAAAGCCUGAAAAUGGAAUGCCUUCAGAUUAUAUAGAAAUUUAUGAAAAAUGUUGGCAUCAAGAUCCUUCGUUUAGACCUGGAAUUUCUAAGAUUUUGAAAGAUCUAGAAACUCUUAAUCAAAGUUCAACUUAUCAGGAUGGUGAUGAUGUUUUAACAGAAUUAUCUAUCGAUGAUGAACAUCUUAGCCAAACAAUUACAGAAUUAUCUGAUAUUGAUGAAAAAAUUACUGAUGAGUCUGUACAAAAUUAUAUUGAAGAUGACUGUAAUGAUUGUCAAAUUACAAAUCCAACAACAGUAACCUUGGAACGAUCUGUCAAUUUUGAUACGUUUUCACAACCAAUUAAAGAAGCCCACGAACUUUUCAAAGAAAUCAGGUUAUCAAACAAAAAUGCGCAGCUUAACACAAGAAUUUGUGGAGUAUUAGUUGAAUGUAUUAAUUUAGCUAAAUUCAAUUUGAAAAAUCUUCAAGACAACAAAAGUUAUCAUGCUGCUUUCGCGACAUUAGACAAUUAUAAACUCUUUCAGAUAUUUCUCCAAAAUAUUAGAAAAAUCAAUAGCUUUAUUAAAAAGAUUUUUAAUAUUAGAGGAUUAAGGAAUUAUAUUCAAAAGACUGAUUCCGGACUCUCAUUAAGAUCAAUAAAAGUUGAAUUUGAGCGAUUAUUUGAUGAAUUUAAUAAAUCAAUGUUAUCUAUCAAGUUUAAAACUUAUCCCAAUGACCAAGUUAACAAUUUACUUAAUGAUGAUAUCGAAGAAACAAUAAAGCUUCUUGGUUAUUCAAUUCAAAAAGUGGAUAGUCUUGGUACUUCGAGAUUAAAAUACAACACAGAUCGGAUAGAUUUAUGUAUGCAUGUGGCACUUUUAAAAAAUUUAGAAGAUUUUGCAAACGUUAACAUUAUCAAGUUUUAUGGGAUAUUACAAGAUGAAUCAUCCCCUGGCUCAAUAUAUUUAAUUAUAGAAAAAGCAGACUAUGGCAACUUAAAAGAAUAUUACACCAACUACAAACCUUUAGAUUUUUUAACCAAAUCAAAAUUUGCAUUAGAAAUAUGUACUGGAUUAGUCUUCUUAAAUGCUGUAAAUUUUUUACAUCAUGAUAUCAGAUCUGAAAACAUUCUGAUUACAAAUGGCCUUAAUGCUAAGAUUGCAAACUUUAAUUAUAGCCGAUCAAAUUCAGAUAAUUCAGGUAAUCUUGGAACUGAUAAAGCCAGAAUUAAAAGCAUGGCACCAGAAAUGUUAGAACGCAAACAUUCCACAUUAUGCAAGUAUGAUUUUAAAAGUGAAAUUUAUAGUUUUGGAAUUGUUCUCUGGGAAAUUUUAAAUGAGAAAAAUCCAUAUGAUGUUUAUAAUAAUAUCUAUGCAAUAAGGAAUGCGAUCCUUUAUAAUAAGCAAAUAUUACAUAAUUAUAGUAAUUUUAAUAAUUGCAUACCACAGAAAUAUACAUAUAUUAUGAUGCAAGCUCUUAAAUUCGAGCCAAACAACCGUCCAACCAUCUGUGACAUGUUUAGAGUUUUAUUUGAUAUAGUAAAUAAUCCAGAAAACUCUUCAACAUUAUGUGUGGAAUCUUUUAAAGAAAACUUUUCUCAGCAUAAUUUUUUAUCUAUAGAAGAUGCAGCAAAUGAAGCAAGAAAAAAAGGUGGAAAUAAGCAGAAAGCACUAGAAUAUAUUGACAAAUUUGCCGAAAUGAAUGAUUUUAAAGCCAUUUAUUAUAAAGGUUAUUUUAUGCAGCAAAAACUUUUUGGCAAGAAAAAAUUGUCUAAACCUGAAUACAAGAGAAUUCAAAAAGAAGUUGCCCAUCUUUUUGAGCUCGCUUCAGAUGCAAAUAUUACGGACGCACAUACAAAAUAUGGAGAUUGUCUUUUUAAUGGUUAUGGGGUCCAGAAAAACCAAGCACGUGCUAUAGAACUUUAUACAAAGGCUGCUAUUGAUGGUAAUGGUAAUGUAAAGUCUUACGCACAGUUUCGUUUAGGAUCUAUAUAUUACAAAGGUUUGGCAGGGACAGAAGACAAAGAAGAAGGAGCGCAUUAUUUAAAGCUUGCUGCUUGGGGAAAUUAUGAAAAAAAACUUACGCAGUUGUGUGAUGUGAUAGGAGUUGAAGAAUAUCCUGGCCGUGAUAAAAACGAGGG